AUGGGAGCCAAGACUUCAAAACUUUCCAAGGACGACCUGACAUGUUUGAAACAAUCCACUUAUUUUGAUAGGAGAGAAAUUCAACAAUGGCACAAAGGGUUUCUCAGAGAUUGCCCUAGUGGUCAAUUAACUAGGGAAGACUUUGUUAAGAUAUAUAAGCAGUUUUUUCCCUUUGGUUCUCCUGAGGAUUUUGCUAAUCAUCUUUUCACUGUUUUUGACAAGGAUAACAAUGGAUUUAUACAUUUUGAAGAGUUCAUCACUGUUUUGAGCACCACAUCCAGGGGUACUAUGGAGGAGAAGCUGAGCUGGGCCUUCGAGCUUUAUGAUUUGAAUCAUGAUGGAUACAUCACCUUCGAUGAAAUGCUGACUAUUGUGGCGAGUGUUUAUAAGAUGAUGGGGUCUAUGGUCACGUUGAAUGAAGAUGAAGCUACACCGGAGUCAAGGGUCAAGAAGAUAUUCAAGUUGAUGGAUAAGAAUGAGGAUGGUUACAUUACGCUGGACGAAUUCAGGGAGGGUUCUAAAGUUGAUCCCUCUAUUAUUGGUGCAUUAAACCUAUACGACGGGUUAAUAUGA